GUGACGGCUCUCGAGACCGAGGGUGUCAGAUGUAGCAGCGUCUGGAGACUGUAUUUUGGGGGAGGGUGCGCAUGGUAACGAAUGGGGUGUCGCAGCUCCUAGAGCGUCAUUCUGUGCUUAAGCAACAGAUUAGAAGUUGAGGGAGGUAGCCAUGGAUCCUGGGAGCAAGGACCGUUUGCUUCGCAACAUAACCAUAGCUGCCACAGCCUUGUCCGCCGCGCUUCUCAUCUCCACAGACUACGGCCCUAAACCACACAUCUUCUCGUCGUUCUCAGCAUCUGCACGCAGCAUCAAGGACUGGUUCUGGACACCAUCCCCAGCGGAGCAAGAGGAGAUGCAGCGGCGCCUCCCGCGACAACCAGUGGCUAGCGAUGGUGACCGGGGCUCUUCGCGUGAUGUCGAGAAGCAGUAGUAGAUGGGCGUGCGAUUGUGCAUUGGCGCCGAAUUACCGCGAGGGUUUUAGGUCAGCAGUUCGAAAUUGAGCCACCGAUGUGUGUGUGUGUGUGAGCAGCGAAUUCUUUCAGAUUUCUCUUGUGGGUUUUGCUGGUUCCCAUCAGCACGGGAUGUGCGGCGCCCCCAUGUUUGAUUCAUGGCUUUGUGUGAGACUUUGGGGAGGUUAUCCUCCACUUGGCCGUGCUUGUGUGUCUUGUGACAUCUCGCAACUAGGCCAGUCAAUGCACACAUACACACUCACACACACUCACUCACUCAGACUCACACAGAGAUCCAGAGUGAGAGUGUGUGUGAGAGGGAGAGAGGGGGAUUGCAAUCGACGUUGAUGCACUCAUAUUAACUCAAAUAAAAGUAAUAGGAAUGCGGGUGGGUGAGAAUACUUUUGUUCCGAGACUUGUUCAGGUUUUAGUGAAGUGUUUUAUUUUAUAUUUUUGUUUCA